GAGUAUAGUGGUGAUAAUAUAUUCUAAUUCGCCACAACGUUAAAGUGACACGGAAGAAGCAUGUGGGAUAACAGGGCCGUCCAAUUGGGGUCUCUUGCAUGUGCCAUUACGCGCGUGACAUUUAUGUGGGACUCGGCAGGCCGGUAAUGGUUUCAAACUUGGAGUACGUUAUACGCGUGGGUGGGAUCUGAAAUUUUCACCGAUUACAGAGAGCCCAUAUGGAGUCCUGGAACCUUGCUUCACUUCCUGAGAACACAUGCGAGGAAGAACCAUCGCAACCACAACGCCACCGCCAAGUAGAAUCUGCCUUUUCCUCUAUCCCUCACCGGCCUGCAACUCAGACUUCUCAACAAAAGUACUCUCCUUUGGAUUGGUUGGGCUAUUUUGACAAAGAGGAUGAUAUUUGCAUCCCAAACUCAAAUGAUGUCUUUCACGUGUACACGGCUGGAACAGAAGGGCCAGUUGUUUUUUGUCUGCAUGGCGGUGGAUAUUCUGGGCUUUCAUUUGCAUUAUCAGCAAACAAAAUUAAGGAGAGAGCUCGGGUGGUUGCCAUGGACUUGAGAGGACAUGGGAAGUCAUCCACAAACAAUGACUUAGACCUGUCUAUCGAGACUCUAUGCAAUGAUGUUUUGACUGUUUUGAAGACAAUGUAUGGGGAUUCCCCUCCUGCAAUUGUGCUUGUUGGCCACAGUAUGGGAGGCUCAGUUGCAGUGCAUGUUGCUUCAAAAAAAGAAAUACCUCGAUUAGCUGGUCUGAUAGUUGUGGAUGUUGUAGAGGGAACAGCCAUGGCUUCAUUGAUUCAUAUGCAGAAAGUUUUAUCUAGCAGGAUGCAGUAUUUUUCAACCAUUGAAAAAGCGAUUGAAUGGAGUGUCAAAGGAGGUUCUCUAAGAAACAUUGAAUCUGCUCGUGUAUCCAUCCCAUCUACAUUAAAGUAUGAUGACUCAAAGAAAUGUUAUGUUCAUCGAGCACGCCUGGAAGAAACAGAGCAAUAUUGGCGGGGAUGGUAUGAAGGCCUUUCGGAAAUAUUUCUGUCAUGCACUGUUCCAAAACUCUUAUUGUUAGCUGGGACAGACAGGCUGGACAGAGCACUCACUAUAGGUCAAAUGCAAGGCAAGUUUCAAAUGGUGGUUGUCCGACACACUGGACAUGCUAUUCAGGAAGAUGUGCCUGAUGAAUUUGCAACGCUUCUAAUCAAUUUUAUUUCACGAAAUCGGAUUGGGCCCUACGGCAUUGAGAUACCGGGACUCCUCCCGCCAUCGCAGCCACAACAUUGAACUAGGAAUUUGAAAGUGCAGAAAUGGGAGUCUUGCCAAGGUCAUGGAAGGAUGCUGUUCUUUAAGAGCUUCUGAACCUUGGUUAGAUUCAGAAUGCAAAGACAUUGAAUAACAUAUGCUGGCUAAUCUAUAAUAUUUUUGGUGGGAUUAAUCUCAUAUUUUUUUUUUUUUUUUUUGGUCACAAAAUUUUAAACUGACCACAUCCCUGACAAGUGACCACACCCCAUUAUCUAUCCCACUUGAUACCACUUGGCCUAGGAUCCAGGUGUGUUUCACAGUUUGUCUCAUGCUUGAACUUGCACAAGCUUGUUAUGAUACUGUUUUCAUCGAUGUUAAUAAAUUAGUUUAUGUAUUGAUCAA